UGUCCCUUCGCUUCGGGCCUUUGUGCAAAAAGAGUCGAAAAUGGUGGUUGGUUUCCGACGUGCCCUAUCUCCCAGAGGCGGAAUCCGACUUCAACAUCUGAUUCCCGACCCAACGCAGUCGAUUUGCCCGACAAGAUCGGACUCAUGUCCCGAUGCCUUGGUUUUCCCCAAAUAAGAAAAAAAAAUGAGAGCGUUCCAAAUAUCUGCGUCACUUUGCUGUCGCAAUCUCACCAUCGCAGAAUUCAACAGAGAAUACCCAAAGUACAAGGACAUGUAACUUCAUGCUACACUCUAAAAGUAACCCAAAAUUUUGGACCCUUUACUAGCAACUGCAACUUUUGCCAUUUUGCCAUCAAGAUCGCAUCGUUCCAGUAA